AUGGGCCGCCACCGGGCCGCUGCUUCUGUCGUGGCAGCCUCCACACCCGGCGGCCUCCGCCGCGCUUUCCGGGCCGCUGCAGCUCCAUCUGCAGCUGCCGCCGCCACCCAACACCACCCCGCCCUGGCUACCGUGGCCGACGCAGGCCCUGGCGCCCCCGCUGCGCCCGUCGCCCCGCUGCAGCAGCAGCCGCAGCUUCCGGCGCCAUCGCCGAUCAGCUCUGGGCCGGCUACGACCGCGUCGGCGGGAGUCCCGAUCCACCAGGUCCGGUUCCCGCCCUCGCCGUCACCGCUACUGGUCUGGUUGGCCGGGUCGUCGCCACAGCCGGUCUACAUGAUGGCCUCGGAACCGCCGUACGUCCACUCGCAGCCGGUGCCCACCCUACAGUACGGCAGGUCCUCCAGCGCCGCUGGUCCCUACGCUGGCCUCGACGGGCAGCCGUUCCAUGGGGGGCCCCCAGUGUCCACCGAACCGGCGCCGCCCCCCUCGCUGCUCCGCACCGACGCAUCGUACUCCCAUGGCGGUCAUACUCAUACACCGCCGUGUUUCGCCAAGCUCGACUUCGCCACCUACGACGUCACCGAGGACCCCCUCAAUUGGCUUGAUCAGUGUGAGCAGUUUUUCUGGAGGCAACGCACACUCGCGUCGGACCGCACUUGA